GCAAGACAUCUGUGCGCAUCAAUUCAGUUGAUAUUAUCGCUUCGUCACAACGUGAUGCAGUCGCGGGGCUUCCAGUACUGCGUCUUCAUCGUUUUUGGUCUCACCGUCGUCGUCGCAUUGCGUCGGACAAGGAAAUAUCAACACGGCAAUCUGGUAGGCAAUACUGAAAGUGUGGAAACAGACAGACACCUUUGGGUGGUUCGUGGUAAUAACGGCAGAGUCGAGCAAUUGGCGACUCGGUCGCACCUACAAAGAAGACUGUUUGACAGCCAACAAGUCGCCAGCCACGGCGCCAGAUGUCUCGACGGCUCGAGCUCCGGCUACUACAUUCGUCGAGGAACGCUCAAUACAUCGUGGGUUAUUUUCCUUCAAGGAGGCGGACACUGUGGCUCAGAGAAUGACUGCAAUGUUCAAGCGCGCGGUAUUCUCGGGUCAUCUCAUCAUUGGCCAGAAUUGAAAACCGGUCGCAGUCUGCUCUCUCUCGAUUCGACAUUGAACAAAGAUUUCCGAAAUUGGAAUCACGUUGAUAUACCAUAUUGUUCCGGUGACGUCUACACGGGGCAGAGACGGAAGCCUAAUAAAUGGGGCCUCUACUUUGCUGGUCAUUUGUCAUUAGUUGCAAUACUCUCAGACCUUCUCAACACGACAAGCUUGACUCAGGCAAAGCGUGUUAUUAUUUCUGGAGCGUCAGCUGGAGCGGUAGCAGCAUUCGAGCACGCAGACUUUAUUAGCAAUCUGCUUCCUUGGGCGGACGUGAAAGCAGUUCCUAUAGGUGGCGUUUAUCUACCCAAAGAUGUGCAGCAGUUUACCUACUGGAAGAGCAGUCGAGAGCAGCCGGAACGAAACGCGUUCCUGCACGAUUUGUACCAGAGUUUUACUCACGUGAUGUGUAGGAAUGCAAAUCGCGAGAAUGCUCAUCGUUGCGGACCGGCCAAUGUCGCAUUUCUGCUUCCAUACAUAGCAACCCCAUUGUUCAUAGCUGAAAACCAAUAUGACUCAGACAAGCUGCAACUCCUUGGCUGUCCAUUCUCGAAAGGAAUGGAUCAAAUGGAAUACGUACAGUACUAUGGAGAACGUGUUCGUGAGACUCUGUUGAAUGUGAGCAAGUCGGAGAAACGUGUUGGAGUCUUUUCGCCUUCCUGUUUGGAUCAUACAGCUUCUUUGAACAAGGUGUACAAGAGUCCUCGGAUUGCCGGAAAUUCUUUCGGAAAGUUAUUGCACAAGUGGUACUUCAGCAGCAAUACGCAUCGCAGCACAAAUCUCGUGGAAAGGUGUGAUGAGACACUGACAGUUAGUACAAGAUUGUUGCCAUGUAAUCGUGCUGCCCAAUGCAAAAGGCUACGCAGCUGAUACUUGUAUGCGUAGAAUUGUAAACUUGAACAAACAUUUUAAUAUUGCUAAGUGGUAGUAUGUGUAUAAUUUGAGUCAUAUCUCGGUGUAACGUACCGGU